AAAACAAUUUUUUGUUUUCUUUUCCACAUUUUCCAUCUCCAUUUUCAAGAAACCCAACCGAGACAGAGCAUUUUCGGGAAUGGCGAUGUUAGGAUUCGCAAACCCCGCAGAGCUAUCAGCGGCGUCGCCGUCUUCUUCAGCUUCCCUAGGGUUUUAUCAGAAGAAGGCUCCGUCUUCCUUCAUCCCCAGGCAAUGCAUUUCAUCUGGAUAUGCGUCUCGAAGAAAGAGCCUUUUCCACCAGCGCCGUUUCUCCGUUCGCUGCUCUUUCAUCCCCAUGGACUCCGCCAAGAUUAAGGUCGUCGGAGUUGGCGGCGGCGGCAACAAUGCCGUUAACCGCAUGAUUGGCAGCGGCUUACAGGGAGUUGAUUUUUAUGCCAUUAACACAGAUGCCCAAGCACUACUGCAGUCAGCUGCUCAGAACCCGAUUCAAAUUGGAGAGCUUCUUACUCGUGGACUAGGUACUGGUGGCAAUCCUAAUCUGGGAGAACAAGCAGCGGACGAAUCAAAGGAAGCCAUUGCUAAUGCUCUUAAGGGUUCAGAUAUGGUGUUUAUAACAGCUGGAAUGGGUGGAGGUACAGGUUCCGGGGCUGCACCUGUUGUUGCCCAAAUUUCAAAGGAGGCCGGUUAUCUAACUGUUGGUGUAGUUACUUACCCAUUCAGCUUUGAAGGACGCAAAAGAUCCCUACAGGCUUUGGAAGCAAUUGAAAAACUUCAGAAAAAUGUCGAUACUCUUAUAGUGAUUCCAAAUGAUCGUCUGCUCGACAUUGCUGACGAGCAGACACCUCUUCAGGAUGCUUUCCUUCUUGCUGAUGAUGUGCUUCGUCAAGGCGUCCAAGGAAUAUCUGAUAUUAUCACGAUACCUGGGCUUGUAAAUGUGGAUUUUGCUGAUGUAAAAGCAGUCAUGAAAGACUCGGGAACUGCAAUGCUUGGAGUCGGAGUGUCAUCUAGCAAGAAUCGCGCUGAAGAAGCAGCAGAACAAGCAACUUUGGCCCCUUUAAUUGGAUCUUCUAUCCAGUCUGCCACUGGAGUAGUUUAUAACAUUACAGGAGGGAAAGAUAUAACUCUGCAAGAAGUCAACAGGGUCUCUCAGGUUGUUACAAGUUUGGCUGAUCCAUCUGCUAACAUUAUAUUUGGAGCUGUGGUGGAUGAACGGUACAACGGAGAGAUCCACGUGACAAUAAUUGCCACCGGUUUCACGCAGUCGUUUCAGAGAACUCUUCUUGACCCUAGGGGAGCAAAGGCCGCGGAUAAAGGGACAGGAAGCCAAGAAAACGCGGGAUCACUGGUAACCCCAAGGACAUCUACCUCACAGUCAACAAAUUCACAGCCAUCUUUUAGGAAGCUAUUCUUCUAGCCAUUUUUGGUUUUGGUUUCUUCUCGUGUCUUUAAUUGGUCCAUUGUUUUUGCUUCAUUAAUCCUUAGGGUUGAUGUUUUGAUAUUUGCAUGUGGUUGUAAGAUGCUAAUGAUUUAUAUUACCAGAUGUGCAUUUCUUUUUAAUUCAGUA